CGAUCCUGCAAAGUCAAGUAGAGUUAAAAAGGGUCAGGCUAGGUUAAGUUGUGGAGUCUUUUAUACUUGUGUAUUGUUUACACUCCAAAAAAAUGGAUAGAGAAAAGUGACGUAAUGAGAAAUUAAUUGAUAUUUGGGAUUUAAUACAUAAUCUUGAAAAAUGUUACAUCUUAGAAAAUUUCUUCCAAGAUUCUUCACUGUAAUAUUAGCAUUAAUAUUUAUACUAUUUUUCUGUGAAUAUCUCAUAUAUUAUGUAGUACUUGUACAGUGUCAGUGGCCUGUUCUAAACCCUCAAAGGGAAGACAUCGCUUUAGAUGCAGAUGCGACAACUGACAAUCCUGUGAAAGCAAUGUUCAUCGCAGACACUCAUUUAUUAGGUCCCAGAGAGGGCCACUGGUUUGAUAAAUUACGUAGAGAAUGGCAGAUGUACAGAGUAUUUCAAACUAUGAUGACGCUACAGAAGCCAGAGGUAGUUUUUGUGUUAGGUGACGUCUUUGAUGAAGGACAAUGGUGCAGUGCCACGGAAUUUGAGAACUACAUACGGAGAUUCCAUUCCCUAUUUUAUGUACCCAAGGACACUCGUCUCUAUGUCGUUGCUGGGAAUCAUGAUAUGGGAUUUCAUUAUGCAAUCACGCCGUAUCGUAAUCAACGCUUCAUUAACGGUUUGAAGAGUCCGAGUGUGCGACGACUGAGUAUAAGGGACAAUCAUUUCGUGUUAAUCAACAGCAUGGCUUUGGAAGGGGAUGGCUGUUUUUUGUGCCGACCGACUGAGAUCGCGGUGAAUAAGAUAGCCAAAGAUCUGAAAUGCGCGAGAAAGAUGAGCAACGAUUGUCGCAAUGCGAGCGCGAUUUCCAAAUAUAGUAGGCCUAUAUUGUUGCAACAUUAUCCGAUGUAUCGAGAAUCAGAUGAGAUCUGCAACGAAUUGGAUCAAGCUCCGGACGAGAUAAAGGCCAUUAAGUUUCGGGAACGAUGGGAAUGUUUAUCAAAAGAAGCCUCGGAACAACUUCUAGAUAUCCUGAAUCCGCGAUUAAUUGUCGCUGGACACACUCAUCACGGCUGCAGAAGAAUGCAUCGGGACGACAUUCUAGAAUUCACAAUCCCCUCCUUCAGCUGGCGCAAUAAGGUCAAUCCUUCUCUUCUAAUGGGUACUUUCACUGCCAGCAAUUACUCUGUUUCAAAGUGUUACAUGCCCGUGGAAUCUACCGUGAUUACUAUUUAUAAGGUCAGCCUCACAUGCGUAUUGAUAUAUUUGAUUAUAAAACACAGACCAAGACGGCAUACGUACUCUCGCUUAAAGAUGCCUUGAGUGAUAAAACCUCCGAGUCGCGACGAGUUCGAUUGUGAUGACAAAACGCGAACGAGAUAUAAUAAUUCUAUAUACAAUGCGAUUUAUAGAGGCUAUAAUUCUUAAAAUGAUGCAGACAAGUCUGUAUACAUCUUUCAUACACGCUAUCAUUUUUGCAUAUUAUUUACAUUAGUAAUUGUAUAAAAUACUUUGUGAUAUAUAUAAUAUAUAUAUAUAAUUUGCAACGAGAUAAUCAUUUCGAUGUACAUAGAAUUUUAUUGCGAAAAAAACAAGACGUUUAUUAAAAAAUUUUAUAUAUAUAAUAAGUAUUGACUUUUUUAUAUAAAUGUCAUAAAACAAUUUCGAAUUAAGUCCAACGAAAAUUAAACGCUUAAAAAGCCGGAUAAGUAGGACCAAUCUGCCCGCAACACGGAUCAUGCUCAUAUUUUUUUACUAUGAUUGCUAUCAAUGUAACUUACAAUUUAGCGAAAUAUUAGCCCUUAAUAUUGAACCGUUUUAGUGAAAAAAUAAGAUUAAAAAUGAUACACCUUUGAUACGAUCGCCAUAUAUUUUUUGUGCAAUUUUGGGAUAAUAUUCUACUAGUAAUUUUUUGAACCCAUAAAAUAAGCGAUCUUUUAAAAAAUAAAAUAUUCUUUUUCAUUUUUUUAAACGUGAUAUGCUUUUGAUACGAUCGUCAUAUUUUUUUGUCAAAUUUUGGGAUAAUAUUCUGCUAGUGAUAAGUAUAUUCUAAUAGCAUAUUCUAAUAGCAAUUAAAGCAAAAGAAAUGAGCAUGAUCCGUGCGAGAUCGACCCUCCUUAUCCAGCUACAGCUUUUCCAACAAUAUACGUCUAAAGGAAUGAAAACGUAAUUGUAGAUUGCGAAUGUAAAGUAAAUACACAAAUUUUGUAUCGUUAUCCUCACUCACUUUGUAUGUGUGCUUAUUAUUAUACAACAACGAUCGGUCGAGACAAAAAAGAAAGGAAUAAUACACAUUUUAGACUGGCUCAUUCGCCAUUAUAGGCUAUAUAAUACUCUCACACAUUAACUGUCACUAAUAUCACAUUACUUGAAUAUUUUUACACAGUUGUGUGUGCUUAUUCUCCUCCUCGAUGAGACAAGGAACGAUAUUGAUAUAUAGCCAACGUUCUGUUUGCGAAUUUUAUAGAUUUUUCUCACAUGUGUCGUAGAUCUCAUAAGUACUUACAGAGGAAAUCGCGCGACUAAAAGUCAAAUAAAAUAUAGAUGCAUGUCGUA